CGUCCCGUCCCGAGAGGAGCCGGGCACCUGUCCCGCCGGCAGCGCCCGUAGCCAGGUGUGCGCCGCGCAGAGCCGAGCCGAGCCUGCCGCCGGGGGCGGGCGCCAUGGGAGGCCCUGCACCGCGCGGAGAGGGCGACCAGCGGGCGGGGGCUGUUCCGCCUCGUCGCCGCUGAACCCGCCGGUCCUCCGCGGAGGUCGGAGAGCGACAUGGAUCGCCCGCCGCAGCCGCCAGCCGCCCCCUAGUCCCGCAGCAGCUCCGAGGCGGGUUGGGCAUGGCCCAGCCCCAGCAUGAGGAGAGCGACGGAGGGCAGCGCUACCCCGCAGUUACAAGUUGGACCAAGACAACUGAUGCAAAUUUAUCGAACUCCCUAAACGGUUUGAGCUUCAGGGGAAUUCUGGAUGCAAGAGUGGGCAGCAGUACACAGGGCCUUCAAAAUUUGAACUCUGGGACCCCAAGAUCUCUCUCGUUGUCGGAGAACGGGCCUGGCCAGCUGUCCAGUGCUUUAGAAGAUUGUCAUAGCCUUAAAUCAGUGGAUUCUGGUAUUCCAACCCUAGAAAUAGGAAACCCAGAGCCUGUUCACUGCAGUGUGUUAAAUGUGAAGAGAAAGCAGUCAGAACCUGACCUUGUUCCUGACAGGGCUUUUCAGAGCGCGUGUACGCUGCCGCCUUACGUGCCUCCACACUCUCAGGCUUCUGAACAUGACCACGCUGUGCGAAAAUCCUCUACUUUCCCAAGAACUGGGUACGACACUGUCAAGCUUUAUAGUCCAACUUCAAAGACACUGAAUCGAAGUGAUGAUAUCUCUGUCUGUAGUGUUUCUAGUCUUAGCACGGAACUGUCAACAACUUUAUCAGUUAGCAAUGAAGACAUUUUGGACUUUGUGGUCACAAGCAGUUCAAGUGCAAUUGUGAACCUUGAGACUGAUGAGGCACACUUCUCGGAUGUUACCCUGAAUUCCACUAAAGACACUAGUGACCAGAGCCAGCAGGAGUGUUGUCAAGAGACAGACCUGGACAGUAAAAGAAAAAUACUGGGACCUUUUACAAACUUCUUUGCCAGGAACUUGUUUACCAGGAAGCAAAAUGCAAGAUUUGAAAAACAAAAUGAUAUGGGAUGGAGGUUGUUUGGAAAACAGCUCAGAGAAAACUCACAGAAAGACCCAAAGAAAAUGCAGAAGGAAUGUGAAGAAAAAACUGGACGAGCUCACAGACCACUGUCUCCUAAACAGAACGUGAGGAAAAAUCUUGAUUUUGAACCACUCUCCACUACAGCACUUAUUUUAGAGGACAGACCAGCGAACCUCCCUGCAAAACCAGCAGAAGAAGCUCAGAAACACAGGCAACAGUACGAAGAAAUGGUGGUUCAAGCAAAAAAAAGAGAGCUUAAAGAAGCCCAGAAGAGAAAGAAACAACUGGAAGAACGCUGUAAGCUGGAAGAUAGCAUCGGCAAUGCUGUUCUAACUUGGAACAAUGAAAUCUUGCCCAACUGGGAAACCAUGUGUUGUUCCCGUAAAGUUCGAGAGCUGUGGUGGCAGGGCAUUCCGCCCAGUGUGAGAGGCAAAGUCUGGAGCUUGGCCAUUGGCAACGAGUUAAACAUCACCCAUGAACUGUAUGAUAUCUGCUUGGCUCGUGCCAAAGAGAAGUGGCGAUCACUUAGCACAGGAGGCCCGGAAGUAGAAUGUGAAGAUGCUGGAUUUUCUGCAGCUGACAGAGAAGCAAGCUUGGAGUUAAUAAAACUGGAUAUCUCAAGAACAUUUCCUAAUCUCUGUAUAUUCCAGCAAGGCGGUCCUUAUCAUGACACGUUGCACAGUAUUUUGGGAGCCUAUACCUGUUACAGACCUGAUGUAGGCUAUGUACAGGGCAUGUCAUUCAUUGCAGCAGUAUUGAUCUUGAACUUGGAUACUGCAGAUGCCUUCAUUGCUUUUUCUAAUCUUUUAAAUAAACCCUGUCAGAUGGCGUUUUUCCGUGUGGACCACGGCCUUAUGUUGACUUACUUUGCUGCAUUUGAGGUAUUCUUUGAAGAAAAUCUGCCAAAGUUAUUUGCUCACUUCAAAAAAAAUAACUUGACUCCAGACAUCUAUCUUAUUGAUUGGAUAUUCACAUUGUACAGCAAAUCUUUGCCACUAGACUUGGCAUGUCGUGUGUGGGAUGUGUUCUGCCGUGAUGGAGAAGAGUUCUUAUUCCGUACAGCCCUGGGAAUAUUAAAACUUUUUGAAGAUAUUUUGACCAAAAUGGACUUCAUUCAUAUAGCCCAGUUUUUAACAAAGCUACCAGAGGACUUGCCUUCAGAAGAAUUCUUCGCAUCUAUUGCUGCCAUUCAGAUGCAAAGUAGAAACAAAAAGUGGGCUCAGAUACUGACUGCUCUGCAGAAGGAUAACCGGGAAAUGGAAAGAGGAAGUCCUUCACUCAAACGUUAAGGUUAUGGCUGCCUCCAGUGGCUCACGGGAACAGAGCUCAAGUGGCAGACAUAUGGAGUACUAUUUGACAUGUGUGAGCCUGCAAAUCAAAGUGUUAUUUCAGAGUUUUGUUUAGCAGUAGGAUAGCCUUAAAGGGGAGAGAGGAAAAAAGAGGAGGAGGGGGAAAAAAAGAAAAAGAAGGAAAUUAAGGGAUAAAACCGUUAUAAACGAGACCUGGGCUUAGCCUUAAACGCUUAGUGGAAUGAGCAUUUGCUCUGGACUGCGUUACACGGUCUGUGCUUCUGAUGAGGGCAGUGAAACUAAACUAUCCUAAGGGGGUUUUGAUUUCUUUUUCCCUUGAUGUUUUAACAGACGACAUUCAGCAAUGUCUGUUGUUUUGAAAGCUAUUCCCCAGUUCCAUUCUUAGGCAGGAAUAUUUCCUAUACCCGUAACAGUAGCUGGAUAUGAACUUUAAAUAACUGGUGCUUGAAUUUAGAGUUAAAAGAUGUAAGGACCAUUUCUUUGGAAAUGUUUUUUGUUUUGUAGGCUGUGGGUCCCAUUUACCAAAGAACUCAUGUAGACAUAGAACUACAUUCCAUUCUUGAGUACAAAGUUAAGUAGAAAGUGAAGUUGGAUGACAAGUCACGCUAGCAGUGCAAAACCGAUUAUUCUUCAAGAUGCCUUGGAAAUCAGUUUCCAAUCUGGAUACAUAUGGAAGAAGUUCCAUUAAUCAGACUAGAUUACAAACUUACUGGAGGGUUUCUGGUAUAAGCUGGUAUCAUUUCCCAAUUGUACUCUCUUUUUCCUUUUUAAAGGAAGGGUCACAUACCACUAAACGUGUGUUUCUGUGUCUUCUUCCACUGGGGCAGUGCUGUUUCAGGAUGUUCUGGCCUAUGAGCUGCUCAUUCCUGUGCUGUCUCUCCUCUCAUGCUCAUAAAACUGUGGGCCGAGCAGAUAAACUGAGAAAUGGAUAAAAGCAAUUUUUGUAGUUGCUUUAAACCCAGCUCUGCUCACUGGCAUAAUGGAGGAGGAAGAGUGUAGGGGAGAAGUUAUAUCAGCCAACAUUGCUGCUGAAAAGAAAAGGUUCUGUGGGAUCUCCUGAAGCUGCUGCUGCCACAACAGGAAAGCAUUAUGUAGAGCUGACCUGAAUGUACUACUAGUGAAAGAAGUUUAUUGGGGAAUGUGCCAGACAAAUGCCAUCAGGAUAAGUACAAGCUGUCACUUCCUAGCGUUUUAUCCAGCCUCUUAAUAGGCGGCAAACUGCGGUUGGGUAAUUCUGUUCUACAGCUUAGAUGCCUGCCCUGCACUCAGAUGAAUGUUGAGCUGUUAAUCAUGAGUGCCUCUGAUUUACAGGAAUGUUUAUUGCAUAGUGUACAGUGUAAAAUCUAUUUUAUAAAUAAUGAUGAUCAUCGAAAAGGGAAACUAACUGAAGCAAUAUCUGUGUUAACUGUAAACAGGCGUUACUAAAUCCUCUAGCUGUGUGGUCAGCGGUUUCCCAGAUCUCUUCAGUCUGCUUGAUGCUGAUGAAUUUGGCAUUGUUUGAAUAAAAAAGAGAAUAGUAGUUGCACACUGCUCAACUCAACAUGUAAUGGACUGUGGGGCAUGAUCAAAAUACUGUCCUUUAGUACAAGUGUUAUUUCUGUGAGAGGGAAUAAUUGGUAGGACUAAAAAGAAGAUUCCCUGGUAAGUGAGGGCUCGUAAUCCCUUUGGAAGGUGUGUAGUGCAAAUGCAGCUUGCAAGUCUUAUACCUCAUUGGCCUCUUUUCCUGUCCACGUUGUGUACCUGGGUGUCGGGGUUUUUUUGUUGGCCAUUUUACUUCCUCUGUAACACUGUUUCUAGGUCAUCGCUUAAUGGAGAGAGACGUUGAGAUGCUGAUAGGAAACAUGUUAAUUCUCCCAGAAUUUGUAGGCUGGGGUCCCUCGAUGACUGGUACUUGUAUGCCACACUGCUUUGAAGUGCAAUAGAAAGCUGGAAGGUCAGUAAGUGGUUUUUUAAUAUCCCUUUUUCUGUUAGUACAACUAUACCUUUCCAUGAGGGAUGUGAGGGGCCUGACACCUAAAACAUUUGCACUAUGCUUUUAAACAGUUCAUUAAACCCAGAGACAGCUUUUCCCUCAGUAUACACUUUUAGGUGGUACUGUAACCAGCUUUGCGAUUUCAGUCUUCAUUGCAACUAGAUUUCUAUUUCCUUUUCAACCAAGUGUGGCUCAUUUGUCUGGUUAAAACGUAUUCUUUUAGCUACUGGGUAUCUCUGCAGCCAUGGACAGAGCCUCUUCUUUUUCUCUUCAGUAAGAUGUUGAAUGUACCAGUGAAAAUGGGCAGAGCUGUGGGGAAAAGGCCUGCUGCAACACUUGUGCACUGUUUGUUACCUGCAAAUGUAAUUAUUUUGUUUUGUGAUUUGAUCUUUCUGUUCUUAGAAGAUGUACAUAUUUUCUAAACGAUUUCUUUGUGUAUAUAAGGUCUGUUCUUUGAUGAAGAAAAGCAAUGCAAUAAGGAGCUUUGCACAGUUCAUUUUCAAACACAAUGCAUUUGGAAGAAACAAAUCACCUGCCUAAAGAUGCAAUUGUUUCAGCUUCUCAGAAAUUGAUUUGGAAGUAAUGCUCAGAUUUUGAUAAAAACAAGAGAUAAGUAGCAAGGGCAUAGAAUUAUUUGCCACUAGGCUUCUUAAGUUUCUUGCAGCAUACCAAAUUUCUUAAUUACCUAUUAAGGAAGAUUUCUUUAAUAAAUACAGGGAUUGCAUUGAAAAAUUUGACAAUUUUAUUGCCCAGGGGCUUGAGAGAAUCUCUAACAAGACACAUGAGAUUUUCUUUCACCGAGCGAGUGUCCCCAUCAGGCAAAUCAUCUUUUCUUCCCGAGUUUAAGGAAAAAUGAAAAUGCUGCAAUACAUCAGAUGUCUGUGAUUACCACUGUUUGUGCAGCAGAUUAGAGAAGCCAGGAAACUUCAACCAGGUUUGGAAUUCUGUACAACCUGCACUUUAUAAUAAAGCUGUUUUGCAACUCCAA